AUGUCUAGCCAACCUCUUCUGCAAACGGCUCCAGGCAAACGAAUUGCCCUACCUACCCGAGUCGAACCUAAGGUCUUCUUCGCCAACGAGCGUACUUUUUUAUCAUGGCUGAACUUCACCGUCAUAUUAGGGGCUUUGGCUAUUGGCAUGUUGAACUUCGGUGACCGUCCCGCAUUCAUCUCGGCCUUCCUAUUUACGGGUGUAGCCAUGCUCACCAUGAUAUAUGCGUUAUUUACAUAUCAUUGGCGAGCCAAGUCGAUAAGAGUAAGGGGACAGGCUGGUUUUGAUGACCGCUUCGGGCCAUCCGUACUGGCUAUCAUCCUCCUAUUAGCUGUUGUCGUCAACUUUGUAUUGCGGAUAACAUACUCCGGCGCAGAGGGCGGGAAAAAGCAUUAA